AUGGAAAUGUUCAGCUAUGGACUCGAGUUAUCCAUGGUGCUAACCAAGGAGCUGUCCCGAGAUGACUUCUACAUGGAAAGGAAAUUUUGUCACCAGUUCGAAGAGAAGCACAUGGUGCUGUUUCCACUUUGUAUCCAGCGUCAGAUCAAUCAUUGGUACCCGGUGCCUCAUGACCCGGAAGUAAAUGGUGCAUUGAAAUGGCUCCACUGGCUUGACCGGAAUAUAACUCCCGUCCUAGAGAAAUCAAUGCCACCUGAUCCAAAAUUUACAGAAUCAUCUCAAUCUACACUGAGUCCAAUUGAGAUCGCGAAAAGCAUAUGGGAACGUAAUCAGAGAAUAAUACGGGAACGUCAGGAUCUACUGGUAAUAAACAACAAUCAUGCACGCGAAAUAGCAGAUUUAGAAUUUAUCAUAAAGAAGUCUGAAGAGAUGGGAAAGGUGCGAAUGAAGAUCUCAAAUCUGAGAACACGAUGCAGUGAUAUGAAAGGCGAAAUUGAGAGUUUAAAGAAUUACCUCACAAAAACCACAGAGGAAGUUGAGAGUUUAAAGAAAUCUCUCACAAAAUCUGCAGCGGAAAAUCAGAGUUUAAAGAACUCUCUCAAUUGGAUUAAUAGAAUGAGCUGCAUUGCUGGAAAACAACUGACAGACAAUAACCCCAAGGUCACAGAUCUGACUGACCCAAAUAGACCACAGAAAUUGGCAGACAAGUUUUCGGAACUUUACGAUAACCAGUGGACCAACGCAAUAGAGUACUUGCAAACAUCCAAACAGAUGUCAGAGGAACUGGCAAUACAACACUUGUCUACUCUAGCAAAGGUCAACAAUUUAUGA